GGUGAAGAUGCGAUAGAAUAUACUUAUAUCAAGUUUGAUGGAACACUGUUCUGGGACUCAAUGACAAUAUUUCAAUGCGAAUUCUUCGGGCGUCAGAGUAAUUUAAAUUACAUGCUUGAUACUCUAGAGAUCCCUUCUAAGAUCAGGUUGAGUUACAAACAUAUAGAUGAGAUUGUACUGCUUGCUAUUAAAACGGCCAAGAUUCAAGAUGAAAUAACCAAAUUAAAUGUUGAUUCGAUGAAUUACCAUAACAAGAUUGAAGAACUUAAUUCAAGACAAGAUAAAGUUAUCAAUAACUUACAUGGAGAAGAGGGGGUUGAAAAGCUUUGUAUAGAUAUCCUUGAAUACUGUUUCUAUGAUUCAUGGGCAGUCCUAUUGAGUAUAAUUAAGAUGCAAAAACUGGUUUCAUAUCGAUUAGAUGCGAUGAUUUAUAACUGUAAAUACAUGCAACCAUUCUGUGGUGGUAAAACAAGCAUGUUGAAUUGUCUUAUAGCUAAGGAGUAUAAUAAGGAACAUAAUUACAAGCCAGUAUCGUAUAAAAAGCCCAAUGAGAAGCAUCGAGUGGUACAUCUUAUAGACAAUAAUGUGGGAACGAAUCAGGAUAUAUACUUUAUCCAUGAGGAUACCCAAGAAAGCAUCAUACGAAACAUUCUCACGGAUCUGAUAAAAAAGAGAAAAGAAGCCAAAAAAGAGCGUGACAAGUAUAUUGGGAUUAAUGAUAUAAUGUAUAAUAUACUUAAACAGAAGCAACUUGCGUAUAAAGCAUUGGCAAAUGCAUUAUACAGAGGCCUAGGUUCACCAUAUCUCGGUAUUGCUGUACCAGUGAUAUCACAGUGUGUGACCUUUGUUGCUCGGGAACUGAUAAAAACUUUAAAAAAAUUUAUAGAAUUAUAUCACACCGGGGAAUAUAGAGAUGACCAGAAUGUGAUCUGUGACAAAACCAGUGAGUACUACAGCCAUUUAAAAUACAUCGAGUUAAAUAAUGGUUUGGUAAAGGAAUAUGAAGAACUUAUAUUCAAGAUGUACAAUGAGCUUACCAAAGAGGGAAGCAUAUUUGGUAAAAAAGUAUGUGAUGCAUUCAACGUGUUUAACCGUGAUUGUGGAAUUAAAAUAGUUACAUUGGAAUAUGAAAAACUUUUAUUUGAUUUGACGCUAAAUAACAAGAAAUGCUAUGCAGGUUAUAAAUUUGAAUUGCAAAACAAUGGAGAACCUUCAGAUUACUUUUUUUCAUAA